AUGUAUGAAGUUAAUGUUCAAUUCCAAGUGAAAAUAGGAAUACCACCUAUGAAGAUUAAAGAUGACAACAGUUGCAAAUUCUACCAACAAUUAAGAAUAAAAAAUGAUGAUGAGACAACCUAUCCUUUAAUGGUGAACUUCAAAGAGUUAUCUACAUGUACCAGAAUUGAACAAGCAACAACAAAUUUUGACACAUGCUCUAGGUCUUACAUAGACAUCAACUAUAUCCAUGGUAAUUACUUUGGAUCAAAUUUAGAACUCACUGAAAAGAACACAAGAAUGGCUAGUUACAUAGAAGGAAUUGCAGAUAUGAUAGUGGAUGCAACUGAACAAUCAGAUAACAGAGAAUUAGCAACACAAUGUCAUAAUUUCAUAUCAAAAGCUUGGAGGGCUCGAGAGAAGGCUAAGGAGCAUAUUAGAGGUUGUCCACAAGAGUCAUAUGCAGAUAUACCUGCAAUUUUGUACAUGAUGCAGCAAAAAAACCCAGACUUAGUAACAGAUGAAAAGGGAAGGUUCAAAGGGACAUUACUAAUUGCUAAUGCACAGAAUGCAAAUAGACAUAUAGUUCCACUUGCAUUUGCAAUCGUUGACUCUGAAAAUGAUGAAUCAUGGCAAUGGUUCUUUCAAAAAUUACAAGAAUCCUAUGGGGAAAGAGAUGGACAAUGCAUUAUUUUCGACAGAUAUGAAAGCAUUGCAAAGGCAGCAAAAGAGAAUUUCCCAAAUUUAAUGCAUGGUGUAUGUUGCUAUCACUUGUUCAAAAACAUAAAGUCUAAAUUCAGAAAAAGAGGAAAUGAGCUAAAAAAUGCAUUCAAUGGUGCUUCCAGAGCUUACACAGAAACUGAAUUUGAAGAAUUUAUGAGAGACUUGGACAGUAUUGAUGAGAGGAUAAAACCAUACUUGUUUGAUGAAGUUAGUAUUGGCAAAUGGACAAGAAUAUACAACUCCAACAAACGAUAUGCAAUUAUGACAAAUAACAUAGCUGAAUCCGUUAAUGCAGCAAUCAAAGAAAUCAGGGAAUUACCAGUUGUAAAAUUAAUAGAAUGCCUCAACAGUCUUGUACAAAAGUGGUAUUGGAACAACAAGAAUAGAGCAUUGGGAAUAUUCACAAAUCUGGCAAAAAUAUCUGAAGAAACACUAUUGCAGCAAAGAAAAAUGAGCCUCAAAUAUAAAGUUGAAACAUCAAAUCUAAUAAUAUACCUAGUCCAUGACGUGAAAAAGUCUUAUGUAGUAGACAUGGAGAAAAAAAUAUGCACAUGUAAACGCUUUCAAUUUGAUGAAAUGCCUUAUUCACAUGCAAUGGCUGUAAUAACAAAAAGGCAUGGUUCUUGCUAUGACUAUUGCUCCUACUACUACACACAACAAUCGUUUCUGUCAACCUAUGAAGAAACAAUAUUACCAUUAGGUGAUCCAACAAGUUGGGAUAUACCAGAUGAAAUCAAGGAAAGAAUUGUGUUGCCACCAAAGCAUAAGAGACCUGUUGGCCGUCCUAAGAAAGACAGAUACAAAAAUAUAAUUGAGUUGCAAUUACAAAUCAAAUGUGGAAAUUGCAACCAAAAGGACACAACAAACGAUCUUGCAAGAAUGAAGCAGUAUUGA